AUGGACUCAGAGAACGGGGGAACCCGCCCGAUGUCAUCGCUCUCGAGACUCAAGCCUCCCUCCGUCAGCGCCGCGGCCGCGCUGCAAGAGGUCUCAGAAUCGCAAAAGAACGUCAGAAUACCGCAGCCGUCCCAAUUGCCAACCGGCUUGACUGGCCUCAAGCGCCAGUUCCCCGACCAGCCAUCCCGACAGCCCGAAGCGAAACGUAAGACGACCAACGACCGAGCAGGAGACUUUGGCGCGCGCUCCAUCGGUCCCGCCGCCGCCGCCGGUUCCAACAUCAGGCCCGCCCCCAAGGGCAUGAGCCUCGCCAACCUCAACAACCCAGGACCUACACACUCCCGCCAGCUAUCCAAUGCUUCACGGCCGCCCUCGACGAGCAACUAUGGCAAGAGCGUUGGCUACGGCGCGCGACCCCUCACAUCGCAUGGCGACAGGCCGCAGACCUCCAUGUCCUUCAGCAAGUCUACCAACGGCAGAGCGCGAUCGCAUACCCGCACAAGGCCUGUGACGGCAAUGGCCAAUCAUGUCGUGGAGGAUGAGCCAGUCGCUGGCAAGCAGCAGAAUGGUACGAUGCCACCGCCAUCUUUCUUUCAGCCAUCUCAAUCCAGAGCCGGACCGCUUCCAGUGAGGAAGUCCCGAGCAAGAUUCUCUCAGUCUCUUUCAUCAAUUUCUAUUCCAACUUCACCCACCCCUAGAAAAAGCUCUCUCAGCAGUCUUGUCGGUCGUAUGGACCGGUUUCACAUCGACGAACAACAGGCAGAUCAGCAAGCAAUCAAUGGAAAACAAGUGAUUCCAGAGAAAGACAAUCAGGUACAGCCACAGCAACAGCAAGCUGCUGUUUCACUCAGCAACGUCACCGUGCGCUCCAGACGCAAAGAGGAAGAGAAUCCCCUGGCUCCCACAGACCAAGAGGUUCAAGCAGACCCAGUGGUGCCGCCGCCUAGAACACCCGUCCGAGUUGUCAGAAAGGCAAUGUCGGACUUUGAAUCAGCCCUGAAUGUUGCACUCACACCCAGAACUGUCGCUGCUUCUCCUUCUCCUACCAAGUCAACUCAGCCCUUUCUGACCAAGGAAUCUAACUUGCGCGGCUUCACAGCAUGGGACGUCGACGAGCGAUUGCACGAAGUCGAGGCCCAAUUCAAGGCUAUGAAGGAGGUCAUGCAUGGCUCACUAACCGACCGCAAAGCGAUGGAGGACGUCAUCGAGCUGGCGAAGACGAGAGCGAAUGACAUGGAGCGAGAACGUGAUCAACUGAACCAAAGAAACUCAUCUCUACAAUCGGAGCUGAAUGAAUUAAGGCUUCAAGUCCACUCACUGACCCUAGAUCUCGAAACGGAACGGAGAAGUCACCAGUUCGAUGUCGAAGGGCGGAGUCGAGAGCAUCAGCAUGAGCUGAACGAGCUAAGGAGAGAACUCAAAGAUGAGACUGAGCGGGCGCAGAGAGGACACCGCGAAGCUCUGGAGGCCCUCGAGAGACAUUACCGUGCCGAGCUGGAUGACGAGCGAAGCCAGAAGUCCAAAGAAGUGGACGACCUGCGUACGAGGCUCGACUCCGAACAACAAGAUCUGCACCUGGCUCUGCAGGGCAAAGACCGGGAAAUGCAAACCAUGCAAAGCCAGAUCGAGAUGCUCAAGCGUGACCUUGAGCAAGAGCAGCUGGCCAAGAAGAACCUCCAGCAGAAGUUCGCCGAGCUGUCCACGACCAACAUGACACUGGAGGACCGCGGCCGUGCCCUCCGCGCACAGAUUGAGUUCUUGGAAUCUGACAGCAAGCAGCAAUCCGACUCAUUCGCCAGCAUGGAAGCCAGGCUGCAGGAGGCCCUCAAGAUCGCCGAGGAGGCGCGCCAGAAGCUCAUCAAGGAGGAGACGGAGCGACGGGUGCUUUUCAACAAGUACCAGGAGCUCAAGGGAAACAUCCGGGUCAUGUGCCGUGUACGGCCAGUGAUUGACAGCUCCGAGGGCGAGGAGGCCAAGCUUCUGUUCCCCGAUCUCAAGACGUCAGCACAGAUCGACGUGACGGGACCGGAAGAGAAGAGCAGUCUUGGUGUCGUGAGCCGGAAAACAAUUCCUUUCGAGUUCGACCGAGUCUUCACGCCAUCGGUGCAGAACGAGGAUGUCUUUGGCGAGAUUUCCCAGCUCGUGCAGAGCGCUCUCGACGGCUACAACGUGUGCAUUUUCUGCUACGGCCAAACAGGUUCAGGAAAGACGUACACCAUGUCCUCCGCCGAUGGCAUGAUCCCGAGGGCGACGCACAUGAUCUACGACACCAUCACCCAGCUCAAGGAGAAGUCGUGGAGCUACACGAUGGAGGGCAGCUUUGUGGAGGUGUACAACGAGGAGCUCAACGACCUGCUCACGUCCAGCAGGGAGUCGGACCCGAAGAGGAAGCUCGAGAUCAGGCACGACGACGCGCGCAAGUCGACGACCGUCGUCAACUGCAAGACGGUGCGGCUCGACUCGCCCGGCAUGGUGGAGACGAUGCUGGCGCAGGCGCAGAACAACCGGUCCGUGGCCGCAACAAAGGCCAACGAGCGCUCGUCGCGCUCGCACUCGGUCUUCAUCCUGCGGCUGACGGGCGAGAACGCGGCGACGGGCGAGCGGUGCGAGGGCACGCUCAACCUCGUGGACCUGGCGGGCUCGGAGCGGCUCAAGCACUCGCAGGCCGAGGGCGAGCGCAUGCGCGAGACGCAGAACAUCAACAAGAGCCUGGCCUGCCUGGGCGACGUCAUCGAGGCGCUGGGCCGCGGGUCCGGGCACGUGCCGUACCGCAACUCGAAGCUCACGCACCUGCUGCAGUACUCGCUCGGGGGCAACUCCAAGACGCUCAUGUUUGUCAUGGUGAGCCCGCUCGAGGCGCACCUCAAGGAGACGAUUACGAGCUUGAGGUUUGCAACCAAGGUGCACAAUACGCAUAUUGGCACGGCCAAGUCGACCAAGAAGCUGAAGGAGUAG